AUGUCCGGUCCGCUCUCUUCGACAGAUACUGACCUUACCAACUCACAGCUCAUCUCCAGUUUACUUACCCCCACCGAAGGACGGGGUGACCAAGAGCAACCCGAGCAAGAGGCACAGGGAGCGACUGAACGCCGAGUUGGACACCUUAGCCAACCUCCUCCCCUUCGAGCAGAACAUCCUCAGCAAGCUGGACCGCCUCUCCAUCCUCAGGCUAUCUGUCAGCUACCUCAGGACCAAGAGCUACUUCCAAGGUCAGUGUUCCAGCUCUUGUAG